UUUGACUUUCUCUCUCUUUCUCUUUAUCUGCAAGCUCCACUCCACGCACUCGCUCCCCACUCAUUUGGACAUUUGCCUUCGCAGGAUCGCCGCUGGAUUUACACCCCCGAUCUACUUCCACCCCGGGAUUGUUUUUGGAAGAAAAAGACGAUUUGUGUUUUGAACUGAAACGCGUGGAAGUUGUUUCGUGGGCGGACACGAGGGAAGACGGAAUGAAGCGUGCAAAGUGGCUGAGGGGCUGAACGCACGUCAACGCUGCUGGUGCAGUUUUUAGCACCACCCCGAGUUUGGAAAGCUGAGCCGCUAUGGCCAAGUGGCUCAAAGACUACUUGAGUUUUGGCAGCAGGAAGGUACCCCCGCAGCCCCCCACGCCGGACUACACCGAGAGCGAGAUCCUAAAGGCCUACCGCCUCCAGAGGGAACUGGACUUUGAAGAUCCGUACGAGGACUCGGAAAACAGAACCAGGGCCGAGUCUGGGACUUCGGAGCCAGCCACCCCCGUGUACGGCUCGCCUAUGAAAUCCUCCAGCACGGAUGUGAAAUCUCCCAAACACAGACUUAUUAAAGUGGACUCUCAGGACCUGGGGCGGACCAAAAUCCUGCUCAGUGCCAUCUCGUUGGAUGACCAUCAAGAACCCGCAAUGCCGUCUGCUCCACUGGCGGGGGACACCGAUUAUUCGGACCCAUUCGAUGUUCGCCCGGACCAUCGACCAGAACCAGAUCCGAGACCGACUCCCUCAGAAAGCAACGGCUACAUGGAACCUUAUGAGGCCCAACGAGUCAUAACGGAGCUGCAACGUGGCCCCGGAGGAGGACGCUCGCGGGGCGGGCUGCAGCUUUACGACACCCCUUAUGAAGACGGGCGAGGCCAACGUUCGGGGUUUACGUUCGGAGAAGCUCAGGAGGAGGGCAGCAGCAGGCUGCCGCAAGACGAUGAAAGACCCGCUGACGAGUAUGACCAACCUUGGGAGUGGAAGAAAGAUAACAUCUCCAAAGCUUUUGCAGUGCAGUUUGACGGGCCCGACUGGGAUCGCUCGUCAUCGCCUACCGAGCGCUUGCGUCCUCCGGGGCCUCGCUCCAGCCCUCUAGUGGGCGGUGGCGGGGUGAAGUUUCGAAUGCCCCAGGAAGGUCUCACCAUGGUGGGGGAGAGAGUGGACCCCACACAGCCUCUGGAGAAGCAAGUGUGGUACCACGGUUCGCUGUCUCGGUCCGAAGCGGAGUCGCUGCUCACGUUGAGUAAAGAGUGCAGCUACUUGGUGAGGAACAGCCAGACCAACAGAUGUGACUACUCGCUGUCUCUAAGGAGCUGCCAAGGUUUCAUGCACAUCAAGUUCACACAGUGCAAAGACGGCAAGUACGUGCUGGGACACAACAGCCCGCCGUUCGACUCCAUCCCCGAGCUGGUGCAUUUCUACACCACGCACAAGCUCCCCAUCCGGGGCGCCGAGCACCUGUCGUUGCUCUUCCCCGUUCUAGUGCAGACUCUCUGACUAUAAAAUUAUUAUUUUUUUGGUUCAGAAACUUCAAACUCAUUCGUCCUGCUUAUUUUUUUUGGACUGGACCUUUCACUGCUGUGCCAAGUGUCACUAACCUCUGAGGAGAUUGAGUUUGAAAGAAACUCUUCUCGCUCUCUCGCUGACGGACUUCGGGACUUUCUCCUUUCAUUUUUAUUUUAUUUUUUUCUUGGCCACACAUCCGUCACAGCCGAGGAAGCACCUUGGGAGAUACACCAAGGUUCUGUUUCCAGAGGACGGUUCGCCGAACAACGAGAUUCAAUUACUGCUGGUUCAAAAAACACUUCAUUGACACUGGUUAAAUAUUCCUCUUGUCAUAUUUUUCACAUUUCUACUAGAAUCAAUAAAUGGAACUAUAGAGGAUGAUGAAUGUGUUUUUCAUGACUGAGCUUGAGAAAUCAUUUUUCAACUCUGCACAAAAGUCACGUUCAAAUUUUCCCUAAUUAGAGAAUUUUAUCUUUCAUGCAAAAUCCCACUCAAGCUCUUUGUUGGCAAUAAUUUUGGCCUUUUCAGAGCGAAGCGUCUCUCUCGAACUUUAAACGCCCUGUUUGCAGGCUGGAGACGAAUCAGGAAACACUUGAAAGCGUCGCCCCUUUCACGCCGCCCCCCCCUCACACAUUUGAUUGCCGAUUGUCCCCUCGCCAAGUGAUUUAGUAGCUGAUUGGCGAGUCGUAUUGAGUAAAUUCUUGCCAUCUGGAUGGUUUUUUUUGGGUCUCAUUUAAGAUUCUUGGUUGACUCUUUCGGUGAUUAAAAAUGGCUCACAUGGCAUUCCACCAAUUGUAAUAAAU